AUGGCAUCCGACGAAAGUCCACCCUUCGAGUUCACCCAUCAGUUAACUUUGGAGCUGCACGGGCCGAGCCGACAUGUACCCGGACACCCCCACGUUCCAUUAUUUGACAGACGUAAGGUGUGGGAUCUGCUCGUCAACGAAUUCUGCUCGGAGUUAGACAGCAUUGCCAGUCAUCUCUGGUGGAUGUCGAAACAAGACAGCGGCAGUAUAUCUCCACUUCACCGGCAGCGGGUGAAACGUCGCACAAUUGUCGUGACGGAAGAUCCGAAGCUCCACUUGGUGUGGAUACACGACCGCAUCUUUAUCAAGCCACUCCCACGCUACAUAGGCUCCUAUACAUUCUGGAGGGAUUAUCUAUGCAUAGAAGCUGGCAGUGAAGGCCGUGGACCACCUACGCGUCGAGCCGCACUAGGAUUCUUGCGGACGUACUACCACCUGAUAAAGCACGAGUCCGACUUGAGAAUUGCACAGGAUCCUAGUCUUGGCCUAAUCCCGGCGGCUAUCACCUGGGAACAGUUCUGCAACUUCACCUCGAGCCUAGCUGGCAUCGCAGACGAGAAAGUUUCUCCGCGUUAUGCCUAUGGCGAGAUACGGCUGACCCGAUUGAACUUCUAUGCCCCAAUACUUCUGGGCAAGUCACACUUUCAAAAAGUCGAUUACCAGUAUGCGGAAUACUUCGCACGUCUCUAUGCGCCAUUCUUGUUUGUUCUAGCUGUUGUCUCGGUGAUUCUUAGUGGACUGCAGAUCGUCGCCUCGGUGGGAAAUGAUGCUGGAAGCAGUUGGACAAUGGGUAUGUCGCUUUGGAUUAGUGUCGCAUUUAUAGUGGCGUCAUGUGGUCUUCUCUUCACUUUCGGCUUUCUGGUGGUAUAUAAGGUGGCGAAGGAGUGGAAAUAUGCAAUUCGUGAUCACCUGCGAUUAUUAGAGGAGAAACGGGGGGUGUAA